AUGUCUUUAAUGACAGCGAACUGGAACCCCCUGGGAGAAGCCUUUUACCGGAAGACAGAGCUUUAUGAAAUGUCCUGGAACCUCAGAGAGGGGCUAAAGGACAGUCUGCUCUCUGCUGCCCCAUACGGAGGGCCCAUAGCCGUACUAAGAGAACCUCACAGGCGUUCUCCCAGGUCCCGCCCUCAGCUGGAAAUCUAUUCAGCAUCUGGAGUUUCCAUUGCCAGCUUUCCUUGGAAGAGUGGUCCUGUCAUCCAUCUUGGUUGGACGGUCACAGAUGAGUUGUUGUGUGUCCAGGAAGAUGGAUCAGUUCUGAUCUAUGACCUGUUUGGAUCUUUUAAGAGACACUUUAGUAUGGGCCAGGAAGUGGUACAGAGCCAGGUCCUGGAGGCCAAGGUCUUUCACUCUCCAUAUGGAACAGGGGUUGCCAUAGUAACAGGGUCCUCCCGUUUUACCCUGGCAACCAACAUUGAUGACCUGAAGCUGCGGAGGUUACCUGAGGUCCCAGGUCUCCAGGGAAAACCGUCUUCAUGGCUGGUCCUGACUCAGGACAGACAGACUAAAGUCCUUCUAUCUAAUGGCCCAGAAUUCUUUAUUCUUGACAAUACAUCUUGCACCUCGGUGUGUCCUCCAGGUCUUGGUCCUCACUAUGGCAACAUCAUCCACAUGUGCGUGUCCUUUAAUUAUAAAUACCUGUCCGUCUUCACUGACAGUGGACAUUUGUGGACAGGCCCCUCCCACCUACAGGACAGCUUGAGUCUUGUGGACACCAAGAAGACCAGCAGGCCCGAACAGAUGGUCUGGUGUCGAAGACCUAAAAGCCAAGAACCUGCUGUGAUCCUGAUGUGGGACCACCUCCUCCUGGUGGUGGGAGUCUGUGGUGAGACCAUCCAGUUCCCAGUGGAUGACCCAUGUGCCCUGGUUGGAGAACUGGAUGGAGUCCGUAUAAUUAGCUCUACUCAUCAGGACUUUCUUCAGGAGGUACCUCUGGUCUGUCAAGACAUGUUUAAGAUUGCCUCCAUGGCUCCUGGGGCUCUACUGCUGGAGGCUCACCGCGAGUACCAGAAGUCUAGUCAGAAAGCAGAUGAGUACCUUCGUGAGAUCAAGGAGCAGAGGAUGCUGGGAGAAGCAGUGAUACAGUGUGUGGAGGCUGCAGCUCAUGAGUAUGACACCAGCACCCAGAAGGCCUUGCUGCGGGCGGCAUCAUUUGGGAAGUGUUUCUUGACUGACCAGAGUCCAGACCAGUUUGUGGAGACCUGCAGAGAACUGCGAGUCUUGAAUGCUGUCAGAGAGGCCAGUGUGGGUCUGCCGCUGACACAUGCCCAGUUUAAACAGAUGACCCUGCAGGUUUUGAUUGACAGACUGGUCUACAGACAGUUCUAUCCCUUGGCCAUAGAAAUCUGUCGUUACUUGAAGAUUCCAGAUUAUCAGGGUGUCAGCUGUGUCCUCAAACACUGGGCUUCACGUAAGGUACAGCAGAAAGACCUAUCAGACGAGGCCAUUGCCCAUGCUGUGUGUUCAAAGGUUGGAGACACUCCAGGAGUUUCCUACGCGCAGAUUGCGGCUAAAGCCUACGAGUGUGGACGCAGUGAACUCGCAAUCAAGCUUCUGGACUUUGAAGCUCGCUCUGGAGACCAGGUUCCGCUGCUGCUACGGAUGAAGAGGAGUCACUUGGCUCUGACUAAAGCUGUGGAGAGCGGAGACACCGACCAGAUUUACACAGUGGUUACUGUUCUGAAGAAUGAGAUGAACAGAGGAGAUUUCUUCAUGACUCUAAGGAACCAGCCAGUUGCCCUCAGUCUCUACAGACAGUUCUGUAAGCUGCAGGAGCUGGAGACCCUGAAAGACCUUUACAACCAGGACGAUGAUCAUCAAGAACUUGCCAAUUAUUACAUUGCUGCCAGUUACAGAGAGAAGAGACUGGAAACCCGUCUGUCUCAGUUGCAGAACGCUGUAGAUGAGUUCAACAGAGCCAAGAAUGACUUUUCAGCAAAGGCAACAGAGGAUGAGAUGCGUCUCCUUCGUCUGCAGAGAAAACUAGAUGACGAGAAGGGACUGAGGCUUCUGGGACUGUCCCUGCAGGACACCAUGGAGACUCUUUUGUCUUCAGGGCUCCACAAACAAGCUGAUCAGAUUUACAGAGACUUCAAAGUUCCUGACAAGAGGUACUGGUGGCUGAAACUCAAAUCUCUGGCAGAGAAGUCAGAGUGGGAGGAGUUGGAGAAGUUUUCCAAGAGUAAAAAGUCUCCUAUUGGCUACUUGGCCUUUGUUGAAGUGUGUAUGAAACACAACAACACGUUUGAGGCCAAGAAGUAUGUUUCCAGGGUAACGGCUGAGCAGAAGGUCAAAAGUCACCUGGCUGUGGGUGACCUGGAGGGGGCGGCAGAAGCUGCCAUCGAACGCAGGAAUGACGCCGAGAUUGGGGCAGUGCUUUCCAGAUGCUCCACCACAGAUCGCCUCCUGAUUGACAGGUUAAACAGAGCUCGAGCUGCCACCCAGAGGAAGUGAUGUCAUUACCUGUGCACUAAAUUAUUCCAAUAAAUUAAAAUGUUUUUUUUUGGAGUCUUGAGGAUCAGUGACUGUGAGGGUCAGGGUCACAUGCUUAGGUCACUGCUGGUAUGGUUGUAACUGCUGCCUUUUCACAAUACAGACCUACAGUGUCUAACUUGUAUUUACAAGUUUCUUUUGUAAAUAUUUUUUUUGUUUUCUUUGUUUAACGUAGUCGUGUGAUGCUUCUGUAAUGAAAAUGCAAUGUUUAAUGAUCAAAUGUGGUCAAAUAAAAAAAAUAAUUGUAAAAGUUCAA